AUGCAUCUCUUCAACAUCGCUUCGUUUGCACUUCUGGGCCUGCCUCUCGUCGCUUCUUCGCCCUUGCAGGCUCGCGACGAGCUGCAGAGCCUGAACGACCAGGCGGUGGCCGCGCUCCAGGCUCGGUGCAACACGACGGGCUGCAACAUCUCCAAUGCCCGAGUACGGAGAGACUGGGUCGCCUUCUCAUCCAAUGAAAAGACGGAUUAUAUCAGUGCUAUGAACUGCUUCAUGGCCCUACCGUCUAUUGCCGAUACGUCAUUCGCCCCCGGUGCGAGGACGAGAUACGAUGAUUUCGUUGCCGGAAAUUUCUUGACAUGGCACCGAUACUUCUUGAGUAGUUUUGAGGCAGCAUUGGCAGAGGAGUGCGGGUACACUGACACCCAACCGUACUGGAACUGGCUGGCAGACCAUGACAGCUUGCAGGAAUCGGCCUACUUUGACGGAAGCAACACUAGUUUUGGUGGCGAUGGCUACUUCGUGCAGCACAACGGCAGUCUCGUCUCCCUGGGCAAGGUGCACAUCCCAUCAGGCACGGGCGGCGGCUGCGUGACGAGCGGUCCCUUCACGGACUACGUGAUCAACCUCGGCCCCGUAACGCCGACAAUGGACGGGCUUAAUGCCUCGUCCUCCGCGCUGGCCUACAACCCUCACUGCAUGAUCCGCGACCUCAACUCCUAUGUUGCGAACGAGUGGCUGACGCUGGAGAAACUGCUCAACAUCACCGUCGGCGACGCUUCGGGCAGCAUCGCCCUCUUCCAGAAUGAACUCCAAGGCCGCUUCGGGGACGGCUUUCUCGGCCUCCACACGGCCGGCCACAACACCAUGGGCGGCACCUCGGGGGACUUGUUCGCGUCGCCUGUCGACCCCAUGUUCUGGCUGCACCACGGCAUGGUCGAUCGUGUCUACUGGAUCUGGCAGGCGCUGCACCUGGACCAGGCUGACACCACCGCGGGGACAUUGACGAUCAAUAACAGCCCCGCAAGCCGGAACACCACUGUGGAUGAUGUCGUCGAUCUGAGUGUCAACGUCAAUGCUGUCCCGCGACCCAUCAGCAGCCUGCUGGACACCCUCUCGGGAGACCCGUUUUGUUACAUUUAUUUGUGA